GCUAUCUGUCUCCAGCUCCUGGAGGACCCCUGUCCCACCAUGACUGGACCACUGAAGAGGAAAUUUGACCAGCUGGAAGAGGACUCUUCGUCAUUCUCCUCUUCUACCUCGCUGUCUCACUCCUGCUCUCCAAACUCUUCCGUCUCCCCUGCCUGGGACUCCGAUGAGGGCAGCCCCUGGGGUCAGACACCCCUGCCUGACCAGGACUUCUGCAGCCCCCGGAGUUUCACCCCACUAUCCAUUCUGAAGCAGGCUCCUCGGGAACGCACGGGCCGUGUAGCCUUCGAUGGCAUCACCGUCUUCUACUUCCCGAGGUGCCAGGGUUUCACCAGUGUGCCCAGCCGAGGAGGCUGUACUCUGGGCAUGGCCCCUCGCCACAGCGCCUGCCGUCGCUUCUCCUUGGCCGAGUUUACCCAGGAGCAAGCCCGGGUGCGGCGAGAGAAACUCCGUCAGCGCUUGAAGGAGGAGAAGCUUGAGGCGCUGCACAGAAAGCUUUCUGCAGCUGGGCUUCCAGAGACCGAGGCUGGCCAGCCCCUCACAGCAGACGCCAUCGAUGAUGCUUCGGUGGAGGAGGACUUGGCAGUGGCUGUGGCAAGUGGCCGGCUGGAGGAGAUGAACUUCCUGCAGCCUUACCCAGCUCGACAGCGGCGGGCUCUGCUGCGGGCUUCAGGUGUGCGAAGAAUUGACCGUGAGGAGAAGCGGGAGCUGCAAGCACUGCGGCAGUCCCGGGAGGACUGUGGUUGUCACUGUGAUAAGGUCUGCGACCCUGAGACCUGCAGCUGCAGCCUGGCGGGCAUCAAGUGCCAGAUGGACCACACUGCCUUUCCCUGUGGCUGCUGCAAGGAGGGCUGUGAGAACCCCAAAGGCCGUGUGGAGUUCAACCAAGCACGAGUGCAGACCCAUUUCAUCCACACCCUCACCCGCCUGCAGCUGGAGCAGGGUGCAGAGAGCCCUGGGGAGCUGGAGGCCCCUGCACAGGGCAGCCCACCCAGCCCCAGCGAGCAGGCCCUGGUCUCCUUGUUCCCACUGGCCAAGACUCCUGUGAGCAGUGAGCUCGGAGACAACAGCUGCAGCAGCGACAUGACCGAUUCUUCUACCACGUCUUCAUUGUCGGGCACCAGUGAGGCCCCAGACUGCCCCAUCCCCUCAGGCCUGCCUGGCCCUGGUUUCCAACCUGGCAUGGAUGAUGACAGCCUGGCGCGUAUCCUGAGCUUCAGUGACUCCGACCUCGGUGGGGAGGAGGAAGAGGAUGGAGUGGGUGUGGGGAACCUGGACAACCUCAGCUGCUUCCACCCAGCUGACAUCUUUGGUACUGGAGACCCUGUUGGGCUGGCCAGCUGGACCCACAGCUACUCUGGCUCCAACCUCAUGUCUGGCAUCCUGGAUGAAAAUGCCAACCUUGAUGCCAGCUGCUUCCAAAAUGGUGGCCUUAAAGAGUUCAGAGAAGGCAGCCUCCCUGGCACCUCAGUGCCACCCAGCGUGUAUGCUGGCCAGAGCAGUUCAGUGGACCUCAGCUUAUCUUCCUGUGACUCCUUUGAGCUGCUCCAGGCUUUGCCGGAUUAUAGUCUGGGGCCUCACUACACCUCCGAGAAAGUGUCUGCCAGCCUGGACAGCCUCGAGGCCCCACACUGCCCUGUGCCUGGCCUCUCUCCACCUGUAGAUGCCAGCACGUGCUUCCUGGAGUCCCUCAUGGGCUUGUCUGAGCCAGCCACUGAGGUCCUGGCUCCUUUUAUUGACAGCCAGUUUGAGGACACUGCCCCAGCAUCUCUGGAGCCUGUGCUGGUGUGAGGACUACGGUGCCUUUUCCCUUCCCCAGGAGCCCCAGUGCUGCUGUUUUGUGAUUUUGGGGCUCCCCAAGGUCUGUAUGUAUCAGUCUCCCACUGGCUGGCCCAGCCACAGGCAUUCCUGGUUUCACAAAACACUGAAUUUAUUUAUAUUUAUUGACUCUUCUGUGCUGGAGGGUGGGGAGGGGCAUUCGCUGUUUGGCCACCUUGUCCCCCCCCAGGGCUCUUCCACCUUUGCAGCUGUACCAGGAGAGAAGAUGCAGCUCUGCUGGAGCUGUGCAGACCCCUCUGGGUCUCUGUGAUGUUCCUCACCCAAAGACGGCAAGACAAGGCUAAAAUCAGCCACUGGUGGCUUCUUGUUUGCUCUGAGCCCCAGACCCAUGAGUGGCUGAUCUCUGGACUGUGAAGACUGUAAUUUAUUUCCAUAAUUUAUUGGGAGACUGAGGCAGCUGUCACUGGUGGGCAGUGUUGGGGUGAGGCCCCUUUUGUCCUGCACCCUGCCCUUCUCUGCCUGGGCUUUGAUGUGGACCAGAGGUGGGAUCUGCGUCCUGUGGCCUCCUCUGUCAGCUGCCUGGCUCCUGGAUGGCUGAGCAGGCGGGGCUGGGCUGACCGGCUGUGACCAAAACCCCUUCUGCCCUGUUCAGCCCCCCUGCUUCCUGCCCUCUGGCCAUCUCCCUUCUCCAGAGGCCACAGCCUUUAUUUCCAGCCCAGGACAAAGGAGGUGGAAGCCAGGGCCCCAGGGAACUGGGCUUGCCUCAGGGCUGCUGUGUGCCCCAGACCACCGUCUCAGGCUUUCUGGGCACCACAGGCCACUUGGCGAGGGUUGCUCUUUAGGGCUCUCAUGCCCUUUGCUUGUACUGAAUUUUGCAUCCAUUUUUAUAUUGUUCCUAAGUAUCAGAACUAUUAUUUAUUCAUUUCUCUGUGUGUCUGUGCCAAGAAACCCAGGCUCUGGGCUGCCCCUUGCCCAGGAGGCCUUGCCAGCCUGGGUGUCUGGGAACACAUUGUACCUGACCUGACAGGUACCAAUAAAGAGGCUCUAUUUUUAA